ACAUGAACGCAGCGUGAAGACGAGUGACGACGACGAACUGCUAACGUGUUAGCCGGGUUAGCUACUGCUAUCUAAGUGUGUGUGUGUAUGUGCGCGGUAGAGGUGAUUUAUAUGUGAUUUAGAGACAAACUUCAGGGUAUAUUAAAUUUUCUUUUAGCUUAACCAUCCAGGUAAAGUAAUUAUGCCUAGCAAGAAGAAGAAAUACAACGCCAGAUUCCCUCCGGUGAGUUGAAACUUUGCUAAACCGGUGUGAGGAGUUGCUAACUGUAUGCUAACUUCUCUAGCUAGCAUGAAUGGGAUUCGGCCUGUUUUGUUGCUGGGGGGUUAGCAUCCAGCUAACAAACACAUUUGCACCCUAGUGUAAAUGACAAUAGUAUACUUUUAUGAACACAGUGAGUGCCCUUUAAUUUGCCGUGGUGCCUUGCUCUCCAGAGUCCGCUUUGGUCCGUUUUCAGGUGUUCCAGCGUGUCUACUCGUUAACGUUGUUUUUAGCAUGGCUGACCGCCAUCAGUCUGCUGUCUGUCUAUUUUAGCAAAGUUUGGAGGUAUUUGUGUGUAAAUACAGAUGAAAAUCUUAUCAGCAGUAUGGAAUGGUUGACUUUAAACAUGCGUGAAAUCAAAGUAAAAACAAGUGUUGUCUAAAACAGGGUAACAGGCCAUGAGGUGAUGCAACAGAAAUAUCCUUUAAAUCAUGCAGUAACUGUUGGUUUUCACCAGUGUUUGCACAAAGUCACAAGUGUUUUGUUUCCUCUUGCAGGCAAGGAUCAAGAAGAUCAUGCAGACAGAUGAAGAAAUAGGCAAAGUGGCUGCAGCAGUACCUGUUAUUAUUUGUAUCCUUUUUGUCAAAAUUUCUGUGCAAGUUUGUGCAUACCUGGGUCAAUGUAGGGCUGGGCGAUAUGGGAAAAAGUUGAUCAGGAUAUACAUUUUUUUCCAUUUCAGUCAAUAUUGAUAUAUAUCACGCUAUAAAAAACGAAAUGUAACACUGCUUAUUGUUAGCGUGUCUUUCGCAAUACAGUAAGCUACUGCAUCUGUGAGGUCUUUUUUGUCUCUUUGAUGUUUUGUCGUAAGGCGUUGCGCAGGAGAAAGCGGACUGAGUGGUCGGCUGUUUCGACUGCACAGGCGCCAUGGGCUCCUUGCUCCUCUCGGGGUUUGUAACCUUUUGCAUUGCGCAUACACUGCCGUGUGGCACUGUUUCAGGUGGUGUGAAAGAUUUGAUGUAUUCCCCGACUUUGCAAGAGCCUGUACUCGACAUAAUUUGCAGUGCACAUUACUCUGCUUCAUGUCCGACCUCAGCAAAACAAAAUACCUUAAAAUACCACUGAUAUUAUCGUGCCGAUGUUGUCGACAAUGUCAUCAUUUAUUAAGUCUUUAUCUGCAUUUCCACCAAGGGUAGCACUCUUUUUUUUUUUCCUCACUGACAGCUCUGUCCUCUUACCUGUUAAAGUGCGAUGAUUGCGUGUAGCUGCAGCCUGCUACUACGCAGUUUUUUUGCUACUUGGUUCUAAUUCAGCACAUGAACAACCCCAUUUUUCAUUUGCUAUUCGUAUAGUCUACUGAAACAUGGUAGAAUGCCUACUAUCCAAUCAGAUAUUGACCAUGUCUCAUAUUAAGGGAAAUUAAUUUUUGCAAUAUAUCAUUAUCGUUUUAUCGCCCAGCCCUAAGCCAAAGUAGAGAUCCUUUUUGCCAAAUAUUACUGUAAUAACACUGGAAGCCGCCAGUCCAUUUACUACCGGAGUACUUGCUCUUAUAAAUACUGCCUGACCUAGGUAAUGUUGGCAACAUCAACACCACUUAGACAAACCACGUGCAGAACUAAAGGAACACGAUUUGUUGUAUUUGAAAAAGGUUUUGGAAAAAAUAAUUCUAAUGUAGCGCGGAAAGUUGUACUUUUCUCCAAAACUCUUGUAAAGUCAAGUGCAGAAACUCAAGAAUUUUGCUUCAUUGCUUUAAUCAAGAAUAUUUACUUUGUUGAAGUGAUAUUAUCUUUUCACCUGACUUUGAUUCUUUUAAGUGACUCUAAAAGUAAUGGUCUGAUUUAGAAAUCAAACAAACUACAAUAGGUCAAUGUGUAUUAAUUAUUAAGAAUAACAAGUAAUCAGUAAAAUUCUGGCUCCACACAGAGUUAAAGUUUGUUAAUUGGCUUUUAACACAUCGGAUCAAGCCCUGCAGUCUGACUUCUGCUGAGUGAACUACUGCAGUUGUGAUGAAACUGCUCAGGCAAACUGUUUCACCUUUUAAAGCUGAAUGUUUCAGGUCAGACAAGGUGAUUGAAUCUAUUUAUUUAUUUAAACAUUUGAUGCAGACAUACCGAUACAUCUUCUUCUCCUUAACGGAGACGUCAGCGAGAGCCCUGGAGCUUUUUUUGGAAUCCUUGCUUACAAAGGCCUGUCAUGUCACCCAGUCUAGGAAUGCAAAGACAAUGACAACAUCACAUCUGUAAGUAGUUUGUGUACGUGAGUAUAAGGGGGGGGGCUGGUGCUGAGAUGAUGCUUAGUAAGAAGAAGAAACAUUAUCCAAGUUGUAAUUUGAUUUUGGUAGUAUGUAGUUCAGCAGGUGUUAUAUCUUCAUUUCCUCAGGAUUUAGGAAAAGAAACUUUAAAGCACCCCAGCGCCUUGCAGGUGUACCUGUGAUGUUAGUGUUACUUUGACAUUGAUGCUGAGUUAAUGUGAAACACACAGAUAAAUCCCUUCUACUCAAAAUGUGUGUGGUUAUGAGUCUCCUGCUGCUGUCAGGAGAGUCUCACAGUGUGACUCAGAGUCUGUUGAAAUGAAAAUACAAUCCCCAUGUUUCUCUGUCUUUGUCAUUUGUUUGCAUCGCCGACUUUUCGGCUUGUCUCAGAGUUCAUGUGGAGAAAGAAAUAUUCUGAUAGUUUUGAAUUUCGUGUUUGCAGAAAGCAGUGUAUCGAGUUGGAGCAGCAGUUUGAUUUCUUAAAAGAUCUGGUGGCAGCGGUGCCUGACAUGCAGGGUGAGGGGGAGGAGAACCACACAGACGGGGGAGGAGAAAAAGUCUCACGCAGGUAUGUCUCUCACGCAUGCAUAUGUGAUUUAGAGCAAUGAAUGCAGAAAGAGUGAGGAAAAGAGCCGCAGGCUGAUAUCAAACUUUGGGUUUAAUCCAAGUAUAUGGGACAUAUGGUGAGACCACAAAAUCAGCGGCACUCCUGAUGCGCACACACACUUAUAUUUGAAAGCCUUUUAGCCCUUUAAUAGAUGAAUCAUCAGGUAAAAGAUGGAUAUAAGGGGAGCAGAGAGUAGGGGGGCAGCAAAAGGUCAUGAGAAGGAGUCAAAUCAGGAUGAGAAUAACUAGAACCGCAGGAGAUGAGGCACACUUAUACUGCAAGGCCAACCAGUGCCUAAAACUGGUGCAUGUUUUAUAGCACUAUAAAUACAAAGGAAUUUGUUAACACUUAAAAACUGACGACAUUCAUACCUGAUUUGAUACCAAAGCAACAAGAAAUGAACUCCAGGGCACCCAUAAUGGAUACUUAUGUGGUUUUUUGUCUACAACUUGCAAGUAGUUCUGGUACUGACAAAAUGAGAUUUUACCCGAAAAGGAUGUAUUACCAAAAUGAAAUAUUUUCUUCAAGUUCAGAGGAGGUCUGUGUCUGCAGAGAGCGUCCUCUUUGACUCUGUAUGUGCUAAUUUGAUUCCUUUAUGGACUUGAUCACUUUUGUGUGUAACUGCCCAUUAGCAGCAUAUAAAUCAGGCCUAUUAAAAACAUAGACAACUGUUGACAUCACCGUCUCUCUCCUCUGCUCUCCCUCUGUUUAAUUCUGUAUGACCUUACAAUCAUUGCUAUGUGCUGACCUUUGAAUGAGGAAAGUUAGUGCUGGGAUAAGGGAUGUAACUUAAGCUCAGCUCAGUUACAUUAUCAGUCAUGUUCAAACCUGCUAUAUUCAUGAUUUGUAAUGUCAAAAUUCCUCCCCAGAUUACCUGCAGUUCUUCACCUUAAGAGGUCAUUUCAGUCCACCAUAAUUCAUCAUCUUUGUGACUUAGGGUGUUGGUGAUUUGGCACUAUUUCUUCUUCCUAUUAGCUUUUCCUGCCUUUUUCCCGGUGCAGAAUAAUGAAAGCUAGACAUGCAUUUAUAAAAGAAAGUGAAAACUCAGGAAGCUCAUCUCACCGCGCAUAAUGGAGGCAUUUUGGAGAAGCAGCAGAUUCAGUGCAUCAGCAGGAAGAAAUGUUGAAAAGAUGAGAUGAACAGCAAACAAGGAAUCAUGCAGUAUGAAGCAAUUUCUGACCCUUAGACACACCGAAUGGGUUUUAUGUUGAAGCCCAUCAAAAAAAAAAGGAAGUGAGGAAAUCUGUCCAGGUUAUAUUAGCCGCUCCAAAGUAGGGUUGAAUUUUUAAUAACCAUGCAGACUGUCAUUUAUGAAGCUGAAGUGUUAAGCAGACAAUGUGACUACUUCAUGAUGAACAGGACUACACUGUGUGAGCACAAGAAGAGCUCCGUUUGCUUUUUCCUGGAACAGUUCCUGCUGUUAUCUGUGUGGAAUAAGGAGGGUUUGUAUCCCGAUAACAGAUUAAUUACAAAAAAAGAAGAACAAGCAAGAUCACACUUUUUCAGCUCUUCAGAGGGAGAACUAAUUAUUGAGGAUUGUAGAAGAGACACAGCGGUAUCGACCGCCAGAUCAAACACCGGCACUGCUGCUGAAUUGAAGCCGAGAAGGUGGCGGAGAACUCAACAUAAAUUAAAUGAGCGAGAAGACUUUUUUUCACUCAAGUGUGGCUGAUUGGAUUGUGAUUCAAUUUAAAGUGGUUGUAAGUGCAGAGUAUUUAGAAACUUUCUCUCAGCUGUGGGAAUCAGACAUGGAGAGCAUCUUUGAAUAUAAAUGGCUGAAAGUAAUUUCGACCAGCAGCAGCAUCGUGCGCGUUUCUCUUUAUGGAAAUGAUGCUGAUUUUUGCUGCAAAACGACUUUCAGACCCAUCAAAGAACAAGCAAUCUUCUAACUAUGUCUGAACCCUCUCCAAAACCUACAUCCUGCAAAAAGCUGAAUCUGCAGGAGCUUUGACGUAACAGGAGGUUCUUGUCUGUUCUCUGUCCAGGGGUCGAAAACCAGGGUCCGGCCGCAAGAACGGAGGAGCGGGCACCAAAGGCAAGGAUAAGAAGUUAUCUGGCACAGAGUCGGAGCAAGAGGUGGGUGUUUAAUUUACAUGCACAUGACUACAGAUAUGCACAGUUUGAGCACAUUUUCAGGGUAAAAAAUUAAGCAUAGAGGACAAUUUCUUCAUAUCUGACUUUGUACAUCAUUAGUUGCAGCUUUGAUAGGCAAGGCAAACUUAUUUAUAGAGCACCAUAUAUAUAUACCCCAGGGCUUGACACUUAACUUUUUUGACAAGGAGCACAUAUGCUCCUAAGUUGAAAAAGUAAGGAGCACACAAGAACUUUAGGAAAAAAAAAAGAUCAAAUAAUGUUUGUCUUAUUAUUCGACGUAAGUGCUAUUAUUUGAAAUCAAUUUUAGGACUUUUGGUUAUAUGACAUGGAAGCUAUUGAAGAAAAUGACCAAAUUUGCCUUUAAAUUUAACACAAAAAAAUUAUGAAGACAAAUUAUGGAAAUAAAGGAAAUUUAUGGAAUAUGGAAUAUGAAUAUGGAAAUCGACGCAAGUAUUAUUAUUUGAAAUCAAUUUUAGGUCAGUUGGUCACGUGACAUGGAAACUAUUGUAGGAAACCAGCCUUUUUUGAGAACAUCAACCAGUGAUUUAUUGAUGGUCCCUUAUUCAACACCCGACACUGACAGCAAGGGUUCCGAGUAGAUUUAUCCACACUGCUGUCGCUAAUUUCCGGUUAUGGGGAGUAAGAAGACACUAGCUGCGUUUCCAUUACAUUUUUUCGCAAAAUAAAAGCGAUGUUUAUCAAAUUUCGACAAAGUACAAUUGCGAUUUGCGGGUGUUUCCAUUGAAUGGUGUUCAGUGCAUAAGCGAGCCGUCUGCCUCUCGCGAGCCGUGUUUAAAUGGCCGUUGCCUAGCAACGAGGUAAACUUCCUGCCCGUGCGACCUCGUAUUCCUUAAGCCUUUUUGCACACCAACAUGGACGAGACACAAAACAUUUUUCGUUUUGGAGCAGCUAUUUCUGUGACCAUUACUGCUGUUGCCGCUGCUGUCAUCAGAAGACGAAGGCAGCGGGUGAUAAUUCAAAGGCAAAGCCCGUAUGUAUGGGAGCGAACACGGAUGAGCGAUUUCUGGGAGAGGAUCGUUAAUGAGGAAUUCACAGACGAAUUGUGGAUUCAAAACUUCAGAAAAAUACAAAUACAAUUCAAAACUUCAGAAAUAACUCCGUCUAGGUUUUUCGAAAUGUAGGUGUUUCCAUUACCAGUUUUCUAUUGCGAUAUUUACGUUUUGCGCAAAUCUAUGGGUAAUGGAAACGCAGCUACAGGUAGAUCCACAGUGAAUGUCCGUCAAAUAUCCAACCUCAAACUAACUUCCCCAUGGUACUUAAAUGAAAAAACAUUUGUUGCCUCAGCUAAUUUUUUUUAUGCGCACAUGUGCCCCUAAAUACAUUUUACAAUUCGCAGACAUCUAUUUUUAGUUGCAGCCCUGUACCCUCUCUGAUUGGCUAAGAUUGUGCCCUCUGGGAACAAUUCAGGAAGUCAAAAGAAAAUGUUUGAUAAAUUGAAGAAAGUUCUGGGUUUAUUUGUGAGUGUUAGAGUCAUUUGCUGUUACUUUUUGUACUUUUUCAAAGUGUUAUUCAGAUAAAAACUUGAAAUAAAAACUCCCACAGUUCCAGUCAAGUGUAAUUUUCUCCAGUUGAGAAGGCUCACUUGUGUUUCUUGUGCUGGAAACAGGAUGACUCUGAAGACAGCGAGACAGACGGUGACGAAGAGGACGGCUCUCAGUCAAGCACAAACCUACAGGCUGCUCCCAGAUUCCCCAGGUACAGAGAGAGACCCACCGUGUUCAAUGCAUCCAGAUACUGAGUGUGCAGAUCCAUUUAGAGAUUUUUACACUCAAAGUAACACGAUGUUCAUCUUAAGAAUUCAUCAGUAUACUUUUUAAGAAGAAAGAGCAUCUUUCAAGGAUGUGAUUCUUCCGGAUUUGAAAUCUUGACUCUUAAGAUUUUUAAUCAGCCAUUCGAUAUUGAUCAGUGUUCACUAAGAGGAAAUGCACUCCUUAUAAACAUGGCGAGCGUCUGUCAGUUGACACUAUGACUCAGAACAAUAGAAGUAGCGAUGACAUGGCCAACAGCAGCACCUCCGUUCUUUCCUCAUUUAAAGGGAUCAUAUAAUUAUGAUGAUAUUUAUUUCUGCACAUCACAAGAGGGGUGUACACAGUUGGCAGCAGGAGAGCAUCUCUCUCCCUCUUUGCUCGCAGGCUGGUGACAGAGCGUUACCAUAGUAACCAGACACGGUGUCUGUCACUCUGAAACUCUAAUCUCUCCACUUUGCUGCCAAGAAAUGUGAUUUAAAGAAAUCAAUAAUGGUCUAGGACAGGAUAUAAUUGGCUUGUUUGUCCAAUUCUGAAACUAGAGUGAUACUUGUCAUUUGAUCAAAAUUAAGCAACAUAUACAGUAAAAUGUAUUUUUACAUGCUGCAGACAAACUGUAUCGACUGAACUGGUGAAAGAUUAUUGGUAAUUACGGUGAAUUAACCUCUCCUCGGUGUGAAGUCCACUUCUGAAACACAAAGGACGUGUUUAAGUGUGUGAAGAAAGAGCAGAAAAUGAUGCACACAAGACAAAUUUGUGCAAAAGAAUUCACUGACACCAGAUAGUUCAAAUAUUCUGUUCAAAAUGAACCCACAGACCACCAUUUGUUGUAUGUCCUCCAUGCAGGGAGGCUGCAGUUCACAUAAAACAAAGAAUUAACUGUCAUUUAUCAACCAGAAGGAUACUUUUGGACAACAUAAUUUUCAGUUUAUUAGAUUGUGUGUCAAGAAUUUUGCUAAAUUCUUCACCCACCUGCUGUCUUUUCUUUUGCCAAUCAUACCCCUGAUUGUUAGAAAAUCUAAUUUCAUAUCAGUUUAAACCAGAUUUUCUUGACGAAUACAUUCUUCGGUUAAGGAGACGAUUCCUGGAAAAUCACAGCUCAUAUUUACAGAUUAGAGUCUGUUUGCCACCUGUUCAGGCAGAGCAGUCAGGUGGAUACAGCCAUGAACAGGUAGAUGGUGCUGUUCUUCUACUAAUAAGACUAAAAAGCACUGCUGUGUCCUUUAUUCACCCUCAUUCUCCUCAUCCAGUUUUCUGAAAAUGUCAUGUAAACACUGAAAACGCAUAUAAACUACAGCCUCCACAAAGCAGGCUGCUGUCAGCGAAAAGUAUGGAGGAAAUAUAGAGCCUCUCAUAAAUGCACGUCACCCCAACCUUUAGGAAGUCAAUCCUGUCUAUUUAAAUCCCACUUUGACCGGCGUGCACUCCAGCCUAUAGUACAUGAGUUCUUGUGAGUUUGAAAUGGUAAAACUCCUCUGUCUGUGCCCCCACAGCUCCAACGCACCCCCUCAGUUCAUGCACAUGGGCAACAUGGUCCCCAUGGGCGGCAUGGCUCCAGCACAGCCUCACGGCGGCAUGGCUUUCGCUCCUCACCCCUCCAUGAUGAGCGUCGCGCCGCCUGCCCCAGCCCCUGCGCCACACAAAAACGAUGAAGAUGACGAAGACUAUGACUCUUAGCUCCCUUAUUCCCUCCUUCUACACACUUUCUCUCUCACACAUACACACACAUAAACAGUCACACACACACACACACACACUCAACAUGAUUUUUGAUUUCUUAAGAUGAUCCAGCGGUGGGCGAAGGACUCUUCAUCACAGCCCCUCGAGAGAAGAACCACACCGCUGCAGGAGAUAGGAACCUGGCUGUAUAUUCUGUGUUUUAAUUUUCUUUUUUUAAAAGGUUUUAUUUUAUUGUAGAGGAGAAUCCUGCGAGGAUGUUUUUUAACGAGUCAGUCCUUCUGUUUUGGAUAUUGAAUUUGGCAGUCGUCACUGUUUUUUCGCCACGAGCCCCCACAGACCGGAUAGGUGUGGUUUAUGUUUCCUUGCAGCUUUUUUCUUUUGGCACUUUUUUCUUUCCUCCUAAAUUCUCUGUAGUAGGCAUAAUGAAGUGAACUCAAAAGCUCAGGUUGGCUGAAAGAAAUCUAUAAGUGGUUUUCAAAGUCUUAUUACAGCCUUGUAUAAAACCAACAGAUCCUGGAAGUAUUUGAAAAGCGAGCGGCGCUUGUGGAGUAAAAAGGAGCUCAUUGUCUCCCCCCAUGAAGUGUUCUAUUACUCUGUUAUCGAUUGGCUAUGAAAUACUGCUGUUCACAUGUGGGCCGUACUUCCCGGCUUUGUCGCAACUCGCUGCUCAGUCUGAUUGUCAGGCUGUAACAUAAACAAGGAAGCAGGUGUAUUUUUACUAUAGGUUAGCUGACUUCAGCUCUUUCUUUGCAUUAGUCUCUAGUUUUAAUUCACGUUUUUAUCAGGAGAACUGUAAACUUUCACGACCACAGCCCUGGAGUCGAACAUAUCAGCAGGUUAAUGAUUUACAUCCAGUUUGUUGUUGUUUUUGACACUCUCAGAGCGCUGCGCUCUGCUAGUUGGACCUUGUAUAUUAUUUUAUACGACCAGAAAAUUCCCCUGAACAACCAUCAGAUGUGUACUGCGACUUGGACCAUAACUUUGUUUUUAAAGUUGUUUGUGUCUUUUGUCCUCCCUAAUUUCUCUUCUGGCCCCCCUGUAUGAUUUCUUCAGUGAUUCUCUCCUUUAAUGUUGACAUUUUUUUCCCUCUUUUAGCUUGUUUUAAAAGUAUCAAUUAAAGCAGAGAUGGGGCUUCCCAUUUAUGUGUGAGUCUCAGUAUGAAAUGUUUCCAAAUAGACAGUUGACACUGUAUUGUAAACUUUUAACAUUCUUUUUAUUUUGUAUGGGUGAAAUAAAAUUCAUAUUUCAAUUAAA